AUGACUGUUGAACUUCAGGCUUUGGACAAAACUCAUAUUUGGGAUGUUGUUGAUCUUUCUCCUAGCAAGACUGCAAUUGGCUCUGUUGAUCCUUCGAUUCGUCUCACUUCUCUCGAUGGGGAUCUCCUCUCUGAUGCUAUUCUUUAUCACACUCCUUGCACUCCCCAUUAUACUGCUCUACUCCGCAUUCUUCGCUACCUCAAAGGCACUCUGUUUCAUAGCCUUCACUACUCUGCUUCCUCCUCUCUUGAGUUGUGUGCCUUUUCUGAUGCUAAUUGGGUUGGGGAUCCUACGGAUCGGCGCUCCACCACGGCUUUCUAUUUCUUCUUAGGGGAUUCUCUUCUUACUUGGCGCAACAAGAAAAAAUCCCUCACUACCCGCUCUAGUACUGAAGCUGAAUACCAAGCUCUUCCUGAUACUACUCAAGAACUUCUCUAG